AUGUGUCAAGAUAGAGUUACUUCCGCAAAGGGAAAAAAUCAUGUCUUUUAUUUGACCCGAAUAGCACACUCGUCACGGGGAGGACUUGUCACAGACACCUGCUAUAGACCGCUCUUGACUUUCCGGUUUUUAUCGAACAAGAAAGAUGAUCGUACAAAGAUAGUGGAGACUCACGAAGAAAAGCAAACUGGUCUACAGCGAUCAAUUCUUGAGGAAGUUUUGAUAAAAGAAAAACAAAAGCCAACUACUUUCACUGGAAAGGUUGCCGAGAAAGCGUCCAAUACUUUUCUCUAUGCCGCCGUUGCUGCAGCCGUUGGUAUGCUAGGCGUUUUCGUUUAUUUAUUAGCAGGUGAAUUUUUCGCUGAGGAUAGUCCUCAGAAAAUUUAUAGCAGCGCCCUCGCGUUGGUGAGAGAGGAUGCUCGUUGUCAGGAUCUGUUCGGUCCCAAGAUAGCUGGAUUUGGAGAAGAGACUUCUCGGGGUCGUCGUCGUCACGUCGCACAUCAUAAAUAUGAGAAGGACGGUAGACAGCGAAUACGUGUCCUUUUCCAUCUGAAGGGAGAUCGGGACGAAGGCAUUGCGCAGGCUGAAAUGGAGCAACGAAACGAUGAAGGAGAGUGGACUAAGCUUGUGGACGGGAACGGUCACUUUGAUGCACCAUGGGAACCAGGAGCUCAUCAGUUCGUCCUUGUGAAGGAGAUUUGUGAUCAUUAUGACGCUGAGAUGAUCUUCCAGGAGCCGUGCAUCACCAGUGAUGAGCGAAAUUGGCUUUCUAAACAAGAGAAGAUUAUCAUUCGUGAUGCGAAGGAUACUAUGGGUGUGGACUUAACCGAGAAAAAUGAAAAUGCCGUUCAGCUUGUGAUUAUUAUUCACGGUCUUCAUGGCCUUCUGAAUGAGUUCCUAAGAACUAAUUGGAAAUGUUGA